AUGACUUUGGGAUUGAUCAAUGAUCUUCCCAUAUCUGACAAAUGUAUGUCCAAGAUCAGUAAACAACUAGACCAUUGUAGCACUGGUGUUGUUAAUGAUUGGAUGAAAGUGAUGGCUGACCGUGAUAAGAUUUCCACCAAUAAGACCAAGGACAAUCUCAUGUAUGAUUGCUGCAUGCCUUAUGAUACAUACGAUUGUUAUCAUGAUGCUGUACAAGCUAAUUGUGACAAAACAAACCUGGACAAACUAGUCGCUGAUUUCACCUCGAGCCAAAAAGCAAACAUUAAAUGCAAAGAAAUUCCAUACAAAGGUGUGGAGUGUCGGGACUUUAAGCACCCGACACGGGUUGGCACCACUACUAGACUAACGCCGGCCGGUAUUGUGGACCAAAUUAAACUCGAUUUGACGGCCAAUGUGUCGAAAGAAUGCGGGAAUGCAUUGCAUUACGAGAACAUAGCUUGUGUUGACGAUAUGCGAGAAUAUUAUAGUUUCCUGAUGUCGGGGAACGAUCCGCAGACUGACGACACCCUAGUUGUGAUCAGAUGUUGCUUAACGUGGGAUUUGGUUGAUUGUAUGGACGAAAUGGCCAAGGUGAAAUGCAAUGAUAAGGACUAUAAAUCGAUGCAUUUAUGCCUUGAGGGCAACUCGCGGUCCAUUUGUCCGGAAUUUGAUUACUCGCCCAAUGAGUGCCAACUGUCCCAUACGGAGUCAACAACAAACCAUGUAAUAAUAUGGGUAUUUUUUGUAAUGUACGCCACGUGUGAACACAUAUACAUCGAUUGGUUGACCGCCAAAAGUAAAGGCAAAGACGGCUCACGAAUUCAACAAAACUAUUUGUUAAACGCGUUGUCUUUGGUUUCAAACUAUCGGCAAUCGAUUCGCGUUAACACAACCACUACUGGCGGUAAUGGAGACAUAAUGGGAGGCAUACGAGUGUUGAGCCAUAUAUGGCUCAUCCAUGUAUUACCCCCAGACUCGGGAUGA